ACAUGUCUGACCUCACUGGGAAUUUAAGACAAUGUUCCACCUCUCUCCAAAAGUCAUUUUAAUACAUGACUUCCAGCUUUAAUCACAAUUUGUAUUAAGUCCAUUGAUAUUGAGUUAUAUAGUGUAACGUAUUUGAUGCACCUUGACAUUAAACCUAGUCCAAAUGAGUACAACACAAAGAGGCAUACUCAUGAUAAUAGUCUUAUUUAUGGACUAAACGUCUGUGAACAUGUCAUUGAUACUAUUGCAAAGAAGAAGAAUAAAGGAGAAGAAGAAACAGACUGAUAAAAAGCGAGCAUGGGAGAUGAUGUGUCGAGCGAAACCAGACUUUGUAAAAGACAGAGAGAAUGAGAGGAACCUGCAGAGAGUUGCUACCAGGGGAGUAGUACAACUGUUCAACGCUGUGAGGAAUCACCAGAAAAUGGUGGAUGAGAAGGUGAAGGAGGCGGGCGGCUCGGAGAGGAAGAAGGCCAAGGUCCUCUACUCUGUCUCCAAGAAAGACUUCAUCAACGUGCUGCGGGGCACAGAGGGGGGCAGCGAGGUCGUCACCAAGACAGAGAGACAGACGACUGGCAGGGAGGCAGAAGAGAAGCCAGCUUGGAGCGUGCUGAGAGACGACUUCAUGACAGGAGCCUCCAUGAAGGACUGGGACAAGGAGAGCAACGAGGAGGGGGAAGAGGAGGAGGCACCAGGGGGUGCAGAGGACUACAACAGCGAGUCGGACUGAGCAGACAGGCCCAUCUGUAGGCAGCCCUACCAGGCCCAAAGACCCCUCUUUUGAAUUUUCUAUAUGGAACCAGGAGCUGAAGAAAGACUGUGGUCAAGGUCCUGUUCUGGCACACAAUUAUUUGCGGCAGGAUCCCUAGUUUGUUUAAUGCUGGUACUCUCUGGCUUGUAAAUGUACCACUGAACAUUUUUCUGUCCGAACUCUGUUGUAUAUAUACCUUUUUUUUGUUGCAUGUCCCUCAAUAAAAAGCCAGUUCAUAAAA